UUUUUCUAGUGAGUUGACUUGGUCAACAUCAAUUGAAGAUAUACACAAAAGAAAGAAAAAUCAAGUGAAGAGUUGAUCAGUGCAGAGCAUCCACAUGGAACACGUACAAGGACCUCCUCCUCCGGCGGCACCCAGUGCUUACUUUCCGAUGGCUCAUCCCGUCUCGGUCAUCGGUCCUCAAUACUGCUACCCUCAGCCGGUAGAUCUGGCCGUCGUCCGCAAGGUUCUGGCCAUAACCGAGGGCAACUUUGCCGUCACCGACAUGAAUGGCAACAUCAUGUUCAAAAUCAAAGGAAAAUUCCUCAGCAUCCACGACCGUCGAAUCCUCACCGAUGCCGCCGGAAACCCCAUUUGCACUCUUCGACCCAAGAUCAUGACUGUUCAUGAUAGGUGGCAAGUAUUCAGGGGAGAAAGCACGGAAGAUAAAGAUCUGAUAUUCACUGUGAAGCGAUCUUCCAUGAUCCAAUUCAAGACCAAGCUGCAUGUGUUCUUGGCGAGCAACCCAAAAGAGGAUGUUUCUGAUUUCAGAGUGGAAGGGAGCUGGCUUGAAAGAUCCUGCACCGUUUAUUCCGGCGAGUCUAACACCAUAUUGGCUCAGAUGCACAAGAAGCACAGUGUUCAAAGCGUGUUGCUUGGGAAGGACAAGUUCAUGGUGACGGUGUAUCCCAAUGUGGAUUAUGCGUUCGUGGUGGCUCUCAUUGCCAUCCUUGAUGGGAUUAACAAAGACGACGACGACAUUGUCGAGUGAUCAUCACUCAUCGCAACCAAAUGUUCUGCAUAUAUAUAUUAUCUCUGUUAAAACUACAGGUAAAUUAGCUGUGUUAUGUGAUCAGUUAGAAUAAAGGCAGGCGGCAACCUUCUGCUUGAUUCAACUAUAAUGUGUUGUUAUGUAUUUACCUGUCUUACUUGUCAGCUUACAGUGCUGUAACAUUUUAAGAUGCAA